CAGCAUGCGCUCCCUAGUCCCGGGAUGAGGGUUCAGGGUGGAGGGGACGGGGGAGGGGGCGGCGCGCCUCCUCCUCCCUACGGGCUUGUAAAUACGCAGCGGCCUCCGCAGCAGCCUCCCAGCCCGCCCCCAGGCCCCCUCCUCCUCCUGCGCCUGAAUGGUACAUUCCGGUCCGCCUGGCCCGGCUGCAGUGGAUGUUGCUAGAACCCACGCGGAGGAAGGCAGAGACGCAGGCAGGCUGCGGUGACCCAAGCGGCCGCCCCUGCCUCAGGGACCCCUUCCCGGAGAGACGGCACCAUGACACAAGGAAAGAUCUCCGUGGCUAACAAGGCCCCCGGGACAGAGGGGCAGCAGCAGGCCAAUGGUGAGAAGAAGGAGACUCCAGCAGUGCCCUCGGCCCCGCCCUCCUAUGAGGAGGCCACCUCUGGAGAGGGGUUGAAGGCAGGGGCCUUCCCCCCAGCCCCGUCGGCUGUGCCUCUCCAUCCCAGCUGGGCCUAUGUGGAUCCUAGCAGCUCCAGCUAUGAGAACGGAUUCCCCGCCGGAGACCAUGAGCUCUUCACCACCUUCAGUUGGGACGACCAGAAAGUUCGCCGAGUCUUCAUCAGAAAGGUCUAUACAAUCCUACUGAUCCAGCUGCUGGUGACGUUGGGUGUCGUGGCUCUCUUUACCUUCUGUGACCCCGUUAAGGACUAUGUCCAGGCCAACCCAGGAUGGUACUGGGCAUCCUAUGCUGUGUUCUUCGCCACCUAUCUGACCCUGGCCUGCUGUUCUGGACCUAGGAGGCAUUUCCCCUGGAACCUGAUUCUCCUGACCAUCUUCACCCUGUCCAUGGCCUACCUCACUGGGAUGCUGUCCAGCUACUACAACACGACAUCUGUGCUGCUGUGUCUGGGUAUCACGGCUCUCGUCUGCCUCUCAGUCACCGUCUUUAGCUUCCAGACUAAGUUUGACUUCACCUCCUGCCAGGGUGUGAUCUUCGUGCUGCUCAUGACUCUUUUCUUCAGUGGACUCAUCCUGGCCAUCCUCCUGCCCUUCCAAUACGUGCCCUGGCUCCACGCUGUGUAUGCCGCUCUGGGAGCAGGCGUGUUUACGUUGUUCCUGGCAUUUGACACCCAGUUGCUGAUGGGUAACCGACGCCACUCACUGAGCCCUGAGGAGUAUAUUUUUGGAGCCCUCAACAUUUACCUAGACAUCAUCUACAUCUUCACCUUCUUCCUGCAGCUUUUUGGCACCAACCGGGAAUGAGGAGCCCUUCCUUCCUUCCUUCCUUCAAAGAAUGUCCCCUUGCUGGUCCUCUGACCCUCCCUGUGCUCCUGCAAGCCCAGAUAUAAAACUAGCUGCCAGCCCAUCCUGUGGCCUCCCCUCAGCCCGACACUCACACCCUCACCCUCUACAGCUUGUACCCAACCACCAGGGGCCCUGUGGAACUGAGGUCACACCAUCCCCUGUGCUGCCCCUUCCCCCCAGUUACAUCUCCCAAAGUGGACAGUCAAGGCUGGAGGCUCCCCUGGGUUUGAGGACCCACAGAACGAGUGGGAGGAGCCCGGCAGGAUUCCAGAUGUGGGAAAGGGACCCCAGGAAGCCUGACUGAGGCCUGCACCCCACCAGAGUUCCUCCUAAGACUGCCACAGCUGUGUGACCUUGGGGCACACUGUCCUGUGUCCAAUCCACUCCUCCCUUCUUUCCUUCCAGAUCAGGCACUGACCCUUGUAAGGAAGGGGAUGGGAGGACAGCUGGGCAACGAGGCGAGGCUGCUCUGCAGGGUGGGGGGAUGUGGGGGGACCAAAUGGUUGUCCCAGACUGCCAGUCCUCUCUGAGCUUUGGGACUAGCAGCUUGUUCUCGGCACUUGAGCCCUGGGGCCAAGAGCAAUGGGAGAGGGACAGGAUACCAGCGCCAUCUGCAGUUGCCUUGGUUUAGUUUCCUGGGCCAUGAUGGAGCACUGUUGGGGCAGGAGGUGGGGACAGGGGGCUCUGCUCCUAAGUGGGGACCUACCUGUCCUGGGGCUGUAAGGGAGGUGGGAGUCGGCAGCCUGCCGAGAGGCGCGGGCUCUGUAGUAGCACCCAUUCACCCAGACCUUCAUCUCCCUGGGGGUGUUUGAGGUUGGCAGGACUGAGACCCAUAUUCCCACAUCCUCUUCUCUUGAUCCCCUGGCCUGCCCCCGACCCCACGCCUGAGGCUGAGUGGAGUGCUUGGGCCCUAGAGGAUCGGAUGUUCCUGGAGAGGGAGGGUUAUUCUAGCUGCUGAACAAGCCUCCGUGGGAGGGAAUCCUGCCUUGCCCCACGGCCUUUGUGCGCUUCUUAUUUCCUAAACUCUCCCCCAUCUGCUGCCAGGCCUCCUGAGGCCUCAGCUGGCAGUGCCCCCAUGUCCCUCCCCCUGGCUUCUCCGGCCAUUCAGCCCGGAGUCCUAAGCCCGCUCCAUUCCUUAUCUCCUCAUCUCUCCAAUCUGGAAGCUGUUCAGCUGAUGCUAACAGCCAUGGCCAGUCCCUCCAGCUGGUCCCAUGUGAUGAAGUCGGGUCUCCUUAUCAGCCUCCAGGCGGCUGAGAUCUCCGGCAGGGUGUGCGUCAGCCACCCGGCCCCCUGCAGGCCCUGCUGGGGAGGAGACCAGGGGGCCACACCUGGGGGAAGUGUGUAGCCGGCACCCAGCAGCCGACUCUGGGCCAGUGGAAAGUUACUGGGUGGAGUCAGGGAGGCUCAGAUACCUGCACCUUCCCUUGGCCUCUCCCUCCAGGGCUCGCCUCUCUCCCCUGUGCUGGGGGCUCUGUUUGCUCUUGGAGGGAGUGACUAGGUAUGUUACCUGUCUGUUUUGACUCUUCCCUCUCCGCCCUUCCUGUUGCCAGCUUCCAAAACACACUGCAGAAGCAUUUGAAAUUUUGUUCCACCUUGGGUAUUUGAGGACAGAGGGAACCAAGAACAGAUGGUGGUGUUGGUGGAUGAGACAAAGGCAACUGGGAGCAUGGCUGGGAUGCCUACUCUGUGCUGGUCUAAGUCAGUCCGUGAAAACAAUCCUAUAAAGGGAGUAGCCUGCAUAUACCGACUGCAGAGGGAAAAGCUGAGGCGAUUGCGGGGACUGGUAACGAGUCCAAGGUCAUACAGCUGACAGACAAGGUUGGGGCUGGAAUGAGACUGGGCAGUCAGGCCUUGACAGCUCUGGAGAUUUGUUGGCCUCAGUGCCACCCCUGGCCUCCCCCUCCCCCCACUACCACCACCAAAUUUUGUACUUUGUAGUUGCCACCUUCUGGGCACAAGAUGGGAAACUGGAAUCUGGUUUCUGAUUCACGGCCUCACUGCCGAUGGGCUCAUGGUAUUAAGCUGUGAUUAGUUUCGUAUCAGCAAGAUGGAAGACCAUGGCCAGAGAGGUGCCAGAACACUUACUUGCACUGACUUCCUUAUGCAGUUGCUACCUUUCUUCACUUCCUCUCCUGAGCUCUGGUCCUAGCUCCAGAGGCACCACUCCCCCACUCCUUGGCUGCUAUUCUCAGCCUGGGCCUUGGUCAUGUUUCCCAGAAUCCUCCUGUCCAAGUCCUCCUCUUCCUGGGACAGUUUUUGCAGAAAUAGGAUUGAGAAGCUUAUCCAAGGCUGGGCUCCAAAAGCUUGGAGGAGGAGGUAAGCCCUCAGCAGCAAACAACACGACUGGGCAACUUGGCAUUCUCAAAGCAGCGUGUGCUGUCCAGUCUCCCGCUCCGGGUCCUGGGAGGGAUCCGGGACACAGUGAGCUGGCAGCAGAGUCAGGGCUCGGUGCCCUCGUCCCGCUGCAUCAAGGCCAGAAAGAGCCCCAAGAACACCUGGAUGGGCCUUGGAAGGAGGAAGGGGGUGGGGGAAGGUGUUACAGGAAUGUGGGAUUAGGAGAAACCUGAGCUGACCAGGUGCCACAAGCUGCAGAGAGGAGAGACCGCUGGCCCCAUACAUUUUUGGCAGGGGUGGGGCUGGGCCCAGGAAGGGGUAGUUGGAUUUUACAGAGCUGGAGGCAGCCAGGAAUCUGACCAUCUGUGAUGAAGUUGGAGGAAGACAGAUCAAGAGAUCUUCUCCUGGGAUUGUAGCUGGGCGCCUGGGAGGCACAGGGAAUUCCCCGGACUCCUGCCCCAAUUCCCAGGUGCAUGUGUGGCUCCUGUGUUGCCCGUGGAAGCCCAGGAAUCUCAGGGGAGUCAAGAUCCAACAGAUACCCGUAUGUUAAAAGGCUCUGCCUCUUGCUCCCUCAGCCUCCUGGGGACAAGUCCAGGAGCUAUCAGCUCGCCCGGUGGGAGGGGGGGGGGGGGGCUGGAUUUCACACAAGCCCUUUGCUGCCCCUCGGUGGCCGCCUGAGGAAAAGCAGGGUCUGGUUCUGCAGGGAAGAAGCAUAAGGGCUGUGUGUGGCCUGUUUCAGGCAGGAUUUGGUUUUCACUCUCGGCUCUUCUCAGACCUCUCUCCUCUUCGGCCUCCGACUCAUCCCUUUAGUCCAAGCAUCGUCACACCUCUGGGACACUGUUCACCUGUCUGCUGGAAACCACCCUGCACCACCCGGCAGCCAGAGCUUUCUCCCAAGUGACUGAGGGCAGACAUACCGCCAGACACAGUCCUUUUGGCCUCAGCUCCUCCAAGUUUCCCAGGGUCCGCGCCUGUUCCCUUCCCUGGCCUCACCUUCCUGGUCCGUGACUGACAGGAGAUAAGAAUAAAAUUAUGACACCUGAACCAUU